UGGCAUUGUUCCUGUUCCCUCAUUGUCAAUCAUUUCUCUUCUGGCCACCAUCUCUCACACUUGUUCAGAGGCUUUCAAGACUAAACAUUCAUGUCCUUCGUCAAACUCUCCAUAUUUGGCACCUCCUUCGAGGUAACCACACGAUAUGUCGACCUGCAACCUGUUGGCAUGGGCGCAUUUGGACUCGUUUGGUGUGUACAUCUGCGAAACGACUUUCGUCAGGAGAUCAGACCGAUUAUGGGCGACCUUUAUUCUCUAGUUCUGCCAAAGAUCAGCUCACUGGGUCAUCAGUCGCCAUCAAGAAGAUCAUGAAGCCGUUUAGCACGCCAGUAUUGAGUAAAAGGACUUAUCGAGAACUCAAAUUAUUGAAGCAUAUCCAACACGAGAACAUCAUCAGCCUCAGCGAUGUCUUCAUCUCACCCCUCGAAGAUUUAUACUUCGUCACAGAGCUUCUUGGAACCGAUCUACAUCGAUUGCUCACAUCGCGGCCUUUGGAAAAGCAAUUCAUUCAGUAUUUCUUGUACCAAAUACUGCGUGGUUUGAAAUAUGUUCACUCUGCCGGAGUCGUACAUCGAGACCUUAAACCCAGCAACAUUCUCGUGAACGAAAACUGUGACCUAAAGAUCUGUGACUUUGGACUCGCCCGAAUACAAGACCCUCAAAUGACAGGCUACGUCUCCACGCGGUACUACCGAGCCCCAGAAAUCAUGCUCACUUGGCAGAAGUACGACGUAGCAGUGGAUAUCUGGAGCACUGGGUGCAUAUUUGCCGAAAUGUUAGAGGGCAAGCCUCUGUUCCCAGGCAAAGACCAUGUGAACCAGUUCUCUAUCAUCACAGAGUUACUAGGUACUCCGCCUGAUGACGUGAUUGAAACGAUUGCGAGCGAAAACACCCUGCGUUUCGUUAAGAGUUUACCAAAGAGGGAACGGCAGCCAUUUAGUCAGAAACUGAGAACAACAGACCCUGAUGCUUUGGACCUCCUCGAAAAGAUGCUCGUCUUUGACCCACGAAAACGGAUAGAUGCCACCAAAUCACUCGAGCAUGAAUAUGUUGUGCCUUACCAUGACCCCACAGACGAACCGGAGGCGUCGGAAAAGUUCGAUUGGAGUUUCAACGAUGCGGAUUUACCUGUCGACACGUGGAAAGUAAUGAUGUACAGUGAAAUCUUAGAUUUCCACCAAGUCUCCGAUACCACGAAUGGAGCGGGUACGGGAGUACCAGAAGGCGCGCUCGCUGCCCCGGAAGAAACCGCAGGUGCCACAGCCGUAAAAACCGAGGCUUGAGCAGCGAUGGCGACUAUCGAAGGAAAGAAAGCAAAGAAGAAAAUCUAUGCGAUAUUGUUACUUUUCUUACGCCCGCACCCAGCCAUUUAACUCCCCCCCUCUUGGGAUUUGGAUCUCUCGAGAUGGCCUGUAGUCCUAGAUUCCUUUGCUAAUUACCGCUACCCCUUGAAGGUUUCUUUCAUGCAAUACACGAACUUUCUUUUGUUUUAUGUACAGUUUGGCCAAGUGCUCUAAUUCUACUUAUCUUUCAUCUUGUUCCCCAAAUAGUUGUACUGGCCAAUACAGAGGUUAUUCGAUGUAAUACACGCAUAUCGAAUUGUUACCAAAAUUCAUAACCUACUAGAAGAAUAUAUGCUAG